GGCACCCCUGGUGUAUAGGUUUUCUAGCGCAUACCUGGGGGUGGGAGUGAGAUGGGUACACCUCUGCUGGGAACAGAACAAUGGACAAUUGGGUGGCCCAGAAUCUUCCCAAAAAUGACUAUCUUGUCCGAAUAUAUUCUUACAUUUUGGCACCUUGUGCUUCCCUUCUUUGCUCUAACCAGCCAAAAGUGCAACAAGAUCCUGUUUUCUUGUCCCAACGUGUUGCAUAGGUGUUUAUUGCUGGCGGUAGUGUGACUGGGUAUUUGGGGCUACGCCUCCAAACACUUUUAACACACAUUAUUAUUAUUUUCUUGACGAAGCAGAUUACAUUACAGAAAUGAAUUCACUUGGAAGUAGUUAAAUAAGAUUUCUUGUGCGUUGGGAGGAGCCAAAAUAGUCUUAAAGAUGUUAUCUCCCAAUUUAUGAUGAAGGGCGGUGCAAAUAAUCGUCUUUCGCCCUAGACGCGCACUCUGAACAGAGGCGAGAGCGACAACUGAGCAACAACGGUGUGGGUUGUAUAUUUACGCAACACACGGGGAAUCUGUGGCUGAGAGACAGACAGCACCGGACUAGCGCUCUGGCUGCGGUGGCGGUGCGUGUGCCUGUGCCUGGGUACUCUUCGGAAGCAGACACUACAGACGUGCUUCUGAAGCAUACGCGGUGUCCUUGUGAAUGUGAUGAAUUUGGACAGCCAAGGGAAUAACGACCGGUGCCAUCGAACAGACACAGAGAGAGAGAGAGCGAAAGAGGUGCAUAUCAUUAGCAAUUAAGCAAAUGCAAUUAUUUGAAAAGAGUCAAGCGUUUGAAAGAAACCCUUUUGGAAGCCGUGGAUAGCAAUUCUCUUCCUGCUUUCCAAACGAAAAAACAACGCCGAGGACGCAGGAAAGCUAUUGAGUCCAGGUGGGGGCUUGGUUUCUGGCUGAGUCACACACUUCUUCCAGUUCAAUACGGGAGGCAGACGUUUCACCUUGACACGUGUUCUACAGCACUAGACUCCCGGCCUUCAGCAGAACGCAUGCCUGGAGUGGAAGCAGUUGUUUAGUUUAUCUUCUCUCCUUUUCAUCCUUGGCUGGGAUCGCUGAUUCCUAGCAGUGUAAUCCGCCUCUAGUUUUCUUGGAGUUUUUUUCUGUGGGAUUUUGAAAGCACCAGGACUUUAAGCUCUUCUCAGCUCUGUGCUGGCUUGGCGCUGGUUUCUUGGUAGAAGUGUCUUUGGUGGCAUUAGCACUGGAAGCUACCUGUCUAUUAGGAACCUGAGCCAUUCAUGUGUCCAGGAGGCAGCCCCUUCAGUUUCAAUGUAGCGAUGUAGUAUGAGAGAGGAGAGAUGUUGCACAGCAUACAGGGAUUAUCAUACACACUGGUAAAUUAAGCAGCACUGACUCAUUCACGUGCUUCAAAUACUUCUGAUAAGAUUUUUAAAAAUGCUGCAGCUGGCUUGAUUACAAGCCUCGGGGAUUUGUUUUAAAACCUCCCAGUGAGGCGCUGAGAGCCUGUGUGGAGACAGGUCUGUGAUUGUUGCUGGUUUGGGCGAGUGGGACCCCGCUGCUCACAAUGGGGAUGUCCCAGGGCACCUACACCUUCCUGACCUGCUUCGCUGGCUUCUGGCUCAUCUGGGCGCUGAUCGUCCUGCUGUGCUGUCUGUGCAGCUACAUGCAGCGCCGGGUGAAGAGGAGGCACGAGGAGAGACUCAGAGAGCUGACCCUGCGCACGCUGGAGAUGGACGCCCUGGUGUAUCAGGGAUACCCCCCCAGGGAACCCCCCGGCGCCUGGGCAAACGCACACGAAGUGAUCGGGAAACCCCCUUGCUAUGAGGAAGCGGUGAUGAUGGAAGACCCCCCUCCCCCUUACACUCAGAUCCUGGCCGACACCCGGGGGGGCGUUUACACCAAAGCUGCUGCUGGGGGGUCCCGGAAACACCAGGACCCCGAAACGAACAAGCCCCUCUCUGAGCCGGUCCUCUCGGAGCAGCCCUACACCUCGUUCAUACACCUCCCUGGAGUGGGACAGUGGAGCUCCCCGGGGACACUGCUGUCCACUGCAGAUCUGAACCGCACCAACCUCCCGGCCGAGAGCACUGAGGCUCUGCCCGCUGCCUUCCCAGUCAUAGGCAGGAGCACGGCGGUGUGAGGAGGGCAAGCAGGCUGCUGCUGUACUGAGAGGGGAAACUGUAGCACUCCUCAGCAAGGCCUGGGGAACCAUGGCAGCGUACAGCUGCAGGACACAAAGACUGCAUCUUCUUCACAGGCUGCUUCUGUACUGAGAGGGGAAACUGUAGCACUCCUCAGCAAGGCCUGGGGAACCAUGGCAGCGUACAGCUGCAGGACACAAAGACUGCAUCUUCUUCACAGGCUGCUUCUGUACUGAGAGGGGAAACUGUAGCACUCCUCAGCAAGGCCUGGGGAACCAUGGCAGCGUACAGCUGCAGGACACAAAGACUGCAUCUUCUUCACAGGCUGCUUCUGUACUGAGAGGGGAAACUGUAGCACUCCUCAGCAAGGCCUGGGGAACCAUGGCAGCGUACAGCUGCAGGACACAAAGACUGCAUCUUCUUCACAGGCUGCUUCUGUACUGAGAGGGGAAACUGUAGCACUCCUCAGCAAGGCCUGGGGAACCAUGGCAGUGUACAGCUGCAGGACACAAAGACUGCAUCUUCUUCACAGGCUGCUUCUGUACUGAGAGGGGAAACUGUAGCACUCCUCAGCAAGGCCUGGGGAACCACAGCAGCGUACAGCUGUAGCACACACAGGCUGCUUGUUGGAAACUUCAGAAGUUACCCCUGAGAGGGAAGCUAGCCCCCUACCGGACGACUUUGAAUGGAGGUGGAGAAGUUUAAUUGUGUUGUCAAAAUGUCACAUGGAUCCCCAUGUGAGAAACAGCAAUGGAAGUUCAUUAAAUUGGGACAGGGUGUUGCCACUGUCGUGCAAGCACUCUGUGACUCUAGAGAACAAUACAAAUGCAGUGAUUGUGAUGUUUCACUACUGAAAAUAAUACAGAGAUCUUACAUUGCAGGUGCAAUGCACAAGUGAAGCUGCAAGUUGCAAUGCAUUGUCAUUAUUUGUCCUUUAUGGCAAACAAUAUUGCACCUUUAGUGCUGUAACUACUUUAUAGUAUAGAUAAAAGGGGUCCUAUGUGGCUGAAUGUGGUUAACAUUUCCAGUACGCUAGUGACAAGUUAAGGUAAAGAGGAGAUGUGUUCAAAUCCCAAAGGUUUCUGAAAAGCACUUUUUGUAGCUUGUAAAUAAAUAAAUAAAUAAAUAAAUAAAUAAAGUAAGUAAGAAAGUGCAUUGGAUUGCAGGAUCAGCCCUUAAAAGGAGUUUCUACUUCAGAGCCACGCGCUUAGUUUCCGUAGCACGUUAUCAAUAUGCUCUGAAAUAACCGUUCGAUUGAUUUUUUUUUGUUUUGUUUUGUUAUGUUUUACUGAUGAGAUUUCCACGUCCCUUUCACAUGUGCUUGCUUUCGAGACGCUUCCUCUAAAGCCUGCCCAGUCUCUUCCUCCUUCGCGCAACUUUCCACUGUGCCAGUGCAAGCAACCUCGCUAGAAACCAAAAUCUCAAAGCAAACAGACCACGCAGCCAGGAGAUUGAAGACAAGCACUGAACAUUGAGGUACUGAAACCCAGUAGAUAUCAUUCGACACCUUACAGGAAAGGUACAGAAGACGAUCCCUGGGGAGCCGUUAUCAUGCCCCUGCGUUGAGCUCCAGUGAUUCAGUGCGUCCCGGUGCAGCGUUACUAGACAGUGUGCACACUCCAGUUUGUUUAUUGUACUCAGUAUCAGACGGGUUAUUGCACUGCUCUUGUUUUACUGUCUUCUCCAGUUUUUGCUGGUUCAGAUGAUGACGCUCAUUCCACUCCAUUAGUUCAGCUCGACAGAUGCUGUUUUCUGCACUGCCAAGCAGGUGAUCAGCCACGCGCUUUCCCAGACAGGUGUGUGCGUGCGUGCGUGCGUGCGUGCGUGUGCUCACAAUGGUGUAGCUUGUUUAUUUUUCCAUCAUGAAUGUUAGCGAUUGACUUCACAGAUUCCUAAAACUAUUCGCUGCAGAUUUUUAAGCAAGUGUGAAUGUGUGCUGAAAAAAAAACACUUUCCCCUAAAGGUGCUGCUGUUUAUCUCUGAUUAGGAUUUCUUUUAAUAGCACCUGCCACCUCCUGGUGAGCACAUCUUGUGCUUUCAUAUUUACUGCAAUGUUUAACCAUAAAGGAAACUGUGUCUGUA